GUUAAAAAUAGCCAGACCUAUUUUUGCAGCGUUUUGACGCCGCCUCUGCUCCGUGCGUAAAGACGCAUUAAGAAGUGGCAGCGCGGCUGAUAAUCCAGACAGGAGGCGCUUUAGGUCGCAGCGCAGCCUUUCACUGAUGGCGAGUGAGAGUUUGAUCAGCUGAGCGCCUCAGAACUUUUCUUCUUCUUCUUCUUUUUAACUUUUUUAAAUUUUCCUCCUCAGAUUUCCUCUUUACGCGCCGACAAAAAAAAAAGAAGAAAAAGAAAAGUUUCCCGGGAAACUCCACCUCGCUUGUGUUGAAAUGGUGUCCCUGAGAGGGAGGCUGUUAAUGGGAUUUCCUUCUCCUCUGCAUCACCUGAGGACUCUUGGACAGUGAGCCGGAGGGCGUCUGGAGGUUGGAUGGACAACAUGUCUCCACAGCAGCAACAGGACAGUCUCAACAGAGGCGGCGGGCUGCCGGAAAGCAAACGGCGACUCAAGUCUCAGAGUUAUCGCAGACAGUCCGCUCCGUCUCUGGUCAUCACCAAGGCCCUCACCAGGUCCAAGACACUCUCCAGAGAGAGCUUCCUGGUUCCAGUGAGUCCAGAGACCUGUCCUUUGGUGCAGUCCUUCCUCGCCGACGGCGACCGCUCGUUCCUCCUCCACGGACACUCUCAGUUGAAGACGGGGAUGCAGACGCAGGACAGGCACCUCUUCCUCUUCACCGACAUCCUGGUGAUCGCCAAAGCCAAGUCGGCCAACCACUUCAAGCAGAAGGCCCAGGUGUGCGUGUGCGAGAUGUGGACGGCGGGGUGCAUGGACGAGGUGUGCGAGGGCAGCACGAGCCCCGAGAGGAGCUUCGUCAUGGGGUGGCCCACCUGCAACUGCGUCGCCACGUUCAGCUCGUCGGAACAGAAGGAGAAGUGGCUCUCCGUCCUCAAGAGCCGGAUCAAAGAGGAGAAGGAGAACGAAGAGCCCAAGACGAUCCCGCUGAGAGUGUACGGGAAGGGAAUAAACACCUUCGCUGUUACCAAGACGCUCCCGGUCAGCAACUGGGACUCCAGCAACGAGGUGAUCCGCCUGGCCCUGCAGCAGUUUGGCAUCAUAGGAAAUGUGAAGGACUUCCAGCUGUGGGUCAUCUCCAAGAGGGACAACACGCCCUACCCUCUCAUUGGUCAUGAGUUUCCCUUCAGUAUCCAGAUGAGUCAUGUGAGACACUCGACGUGUCAGGGAGGAGGAGGAGGAGGUGGAGGAGGAGGGGAUGCUGGUACGCCACCUGAAGACAGACAGAAGGCCAUGCAGGUGGAGCAGAUGCAGGUGUACAAGCAGUGUCAGUUCAUCCUGAAGCCGCGACCCGUUGAGCUGCUGCAGCACCAAAUAUCUGCAGAUUUGCCCCAGAAGUCGUUCAAGAGGCGGCGUUCGCUCAUCGCCUGGGCCUUCUGGAGAGGCUCCUCCUCUCAUCUGAACGAGCUGUCGCUCUCCGGGGCGUCCCGAGGCUGCCUGUUCGGGCAGCCGCUCAGCUCCGUGUGCGUGGAGGACGCUUUGCCCAAGCCGGUCAUGGACAUGCUGGCGUUCCUGUACCACGAGGGUUCGUGGACGCGGGGGAUCUUCCGUCGUCCGGCGGGGGCCCGGGCCGUCAGGGAGCUGCGGGACUCCCUGGACUCGGGGGAGUUUCACCUCCCUCUGACGAGGGACCACGUCUUCAUCAUCGCCGGAGUCUUUAAGGAUUUCCUACGCAGCAUCCCGGGGAGCCUGCUGUGCUGCGAGCUGCAUGAGGAAUGGAUGGACGUGCUGGAGGAAGAGGACGAGGAGGACGAGCAGGUGCAGGACGUUCAGAGGAUGAUAAGUCGUCUGCCUAAAGAGAACGGCCUCCUUCUGCGCUACCUGCUAGCCAUGCUGCACGGUAUCCAAGGCAACGCCCUCGAGAACCAGAUGACGACUUUUAACCUGUCCGUGUGCAUCGCCCCCAGCAUGCUUUGGCCUCCCGGGGCCCCGUGCAGCCCCGAGGUGGAGGGGGAAGGAACUAAAAAGGUCUGUGAGUUGGUGAAGUUCAUGAUCGAACACUGUGAGCAGAUCCUCAGAGAGGACCCCGUGUCUCUGUAUGGAGGACCGCCACAAAGACUCAACAGUGAGGAGCAGGGAUCAGAGUCCUGGGUGUCCCCUCUGACGGACUCGUCCUACGACAGCCUGGAGAACGAGUUGGACAACAGCAGCGGGGGGUCGCCCGGUUUCUGCAGCAGAGGACUGAUCCGACCCAAACUGCUGCAAGGCAGCCUGGACUCCAUCCUCACGUACAGCGACUACGACCAGGACACCGACCCCGACGUGCCCCACAACCGGACGGACGGCCUGCACGGCCUCAGGCUGCACCCGCUGGAGAGACGCAGGAGACAGGGCCUCGACCUGUCCGGCCCCGGGACGCGGGACGCGGCCGUCGCGGACGCCUCCUCCGCCCUCGACUCGCUGUCCCUGGGGGGUCGGCACACGCAGCGGCGGCGCUCGGAGCCGGCUAUCGCGUACGUGGCCAAGUUUCGGCCGUGCGUCUCGGGGAGCACGGACGGCCUGACGGGCGAGGACGAGGAGGGAGAAGAAGAAGAAGAAGAAGAAGAAGAGCCUCAUAAGAAGCAGAGCAGCCGCACACUCACCCACUCCAGGAGUCAGGCCCGGAGAGGUGAGUCUGGUGGGAGGUCGGCCGCUCUGGAAGCAAGUUCCUCCAGCCUCUCCUCCACCCCCGUCUCCCCUGCACCCACCCGCUCCUCCCUCGACUCCCUCGACUCCCUGAGCAGCGACCAAACGUCAGCCACCAGAACGGGGCGUCACCCAACCCAGAUACAGACGCCCUCCAACUACCCCUCCGAUGAAGGGGCUGCUCCAAAAAACUCUCCCCACCUAAAGAACCGCUCAACGGGGGCACUAAAAAGCUGCAGGGGCCUCCACCCAAACUCCUGGCUGAGGAAAGGACGGAGGCUGUCCCUGACCCAACAGGACAACAUGGAGAAAGAAGAGAAGGACAAGACGGGGGGAGGAACCGGUGAUAAGAACGUCCCCGAGAAAGGAAAGUCCAGCAGCCAAACCAAGCACAAGACGUCCCGCCGAGGCUCCAGAGACGGAGGAGGCAAACACAGGCCGAGUCAGGAGCCCGACAACCUCCACCACCUUAAACAGGGCUCCUCCUCCAGCCCCCCCUCCCACCACCGCUCCACAGGGAGCCUCCACUUCACCAAAUCCACCUGCUCACAUCCCUCAGAGACGCCGCCGAGCGCGAGGCAGCUCGGGGACGUCCACGGCGACGUCCACGGCGACGUCCAGGGCGAGCCGAAGCAGCCGUCUCUGUUCUACAAGCAGAGCGGUCCGUCUCUGUCUCUGUUCAGGAGGAACAAGCCUCAGUGCGCGGAGGAGCAGGGCAACGCCCGGCUCUUCCAGCGCCGGGGGUCCGAGCCGGGGCGCCAGGUGGUGGAAAGGACCUUCACCAGAGCCCGGCUGCCCAGCGACCCCGGGCUGAAGGUGUCCGAGGUGGACUCGCGGGGACAGGCGCCGGCGGAGUCCCGCUUCUGCCUCUCGCCUUUCGCCGCCAAAGCGGUGAAGGACUACUUCUCCUCGCACCCGCGCAGCAACCCCCAGAGCAGCCAGCAGGUGGCGCUCGCCCUGGUGGAGAGUCGCAGGGAGUGGCUGAAGAGAUGCAGCGACCCCACGAAAGAGCCGGACUUCGACCAGCUCCUGUUUGCUGAAGAAUCCUUUGUCUGAUCGCGACUGUAGGUAAACACGACAACAGCACGACGGACACCACAAACAAACACUACGCUCUUAUCUCACGCAGUCUCGCGGCAAACGCCACCUGGAAUUCAACUACAAUUAGAGCAACUCGUCGGAUUUGUUUUAAUGACAUGGAAAACUACAUAAGCUGACCAGCCACAACAUUAUGACCACUCAUAGAAGUAACAUUUGAACCAAGGUGGUCGUAAUGUUAUGCCUGAUCGGUAUAUGUCUAGAUUUACAUAUGCUAAUUAGCGUUAAGGGAACGUGAUUGGUUUUGUACAUGCGUAGAGGACGCUACACAGCAAUAAUCCAUUGAGUGCAGUUCUCUUGGUCUUUUUGUGUGCAAAACAUUUUUUUUGUUUUUUUGUUUUUUUUUUUUAGAAAUACGAGCAUUAGGCCAAAGUUAAAACCUGCCAAUUUAAAACUAUCCAGUGUUGCCUUCCUUUACGCACAUUUUAUUUCACUGGCUCAUCUCAUAGCUGCACUAUGUUUGAAUACUGAACCUCUUUCAUGCCAUGAAGGUACAUUGUUUCUGCUUUUACAUUUUUUUGGUCCGGAUUUAACCCUCGUAAUCACCAUUAAGGGACAAAAAUAUUUCCGAAUCUUAACCCUUCACGUGCCAGUGUUUGUGACGGCGUCGCAAAUUUUAUCUCAAAAAAACAAAAAUAUUGAAAAAUGUAAUAAUCCAAAUGCGGAGUUAAUUUCUCUUCUGGACGGGAUGAGAAGCAACAGUAAAUUUAGAUUGAUUCGUUCCUUAACGGGAACAAUUUAGGUUCUAAAUUAUUAAAAAAAAAAAAAAAAAGUACAAAAAAGUUUUUGUCCCUAUCGGAGUAUGAGGGUUAAACAUCCAGCCGCUACAUAACACAGUUAAAAUUAGCAGUAGUGUAAAUACAGCCUGGGUGGUAUUACAUAGAACUACAUUGUGCUUUUAUUAAUUUAUUUUUUUUUCCUUCAUGUCGUCUUUAUCGGAGCGGCCAUUUCACAAUAAAAGCUCACACAGUUAGAAAUCCACUCGAUGUUGCUGCUGGAAGCUUCGCUUAAAGAAACGGUUUGUGAAUUUUGCAGUUUUCACUAUUUAUGCUGUUGAAGUGACACCUGCGCUGCUUUUUUUGCCAACUGUGCUCGUCUUACGGAGGGAAUAUUAUUACUGAGCAAACGUUUCUAGACGCGACCACUUAAGCUCUUUAAAUAUUUGGUUAGACGGCGCUGGAGGUCUUGAACGACGCCUCUAGUUUAGACCCGCUCUCCUCGAUUUGUAUCCGUUGCCAACGACGCGGUUUUUCCACACACGCCUGUGCUGAAUUUUAAUUAACGCGUUUGAAGUAGGAUUGUUGCUUCCGUGCUUUGCCUCAUUGUUACUGUGCAUUUGCAAAUAAAUUGACUUUUUUUGUGCUAAAA